AUGAACGAAGAGGAGCGAGAGCGGGAGGAGGCGCGGCUGCGUGAGGUCUUCACCAUGGGCUUCAUCGACCAGCCCGAGUUUGAACUCCGCCUCCGCGCCCUCCGCGGCGAAGAGGCACCACCCACCGCCGCCACCCAACAACCGCCCCUCGGCACCGGCCAAAAUAAUAAAAAUAAUAAAAAGAAGAAUGCCAAGAACGCCGGCGGUGCCGCCCCGGCCGCGCCCACAGACGACGACGGCUCCACCAUCAAGUGCCGGCGGCACGAGUGGCGGGUGGUGCGAGCGGGCGUGGCGCACGGGGCUAAUGGGGUGAUUUCGGAGGUGGCGCCCGUCAGCGCGAGUGCGGCGGGCGUGUCGCGUGCCUACGCGAAGGAGGUGCGGGAGGCGACCGAUGAAGACCAGGUCGAGUACCUCCACAAGGAGCUCACCAUCCUCACCCACAAGGCCAUCCUCGCCAACCCCAACAUCGUUCACCUCUACGACUGGCGAAUCCGCGUGAUGGUGAGCACGACGGACGGGGUGCACGAUCAGACGCGUGUGGCGGUGCCGCCCUGCCUCGUCAUGGAGGUCUGUGACCGGAGCAUCAAGAACCUCAUGCGCGAGCGCCACUACCCCCACUUCCUCCCCAAGGAGGUGGAAAAGGGGGCAGGCGAGGUCCGCACGGAGCUGAUGAGCGAGGCGGACGUGGUGAAGAUUGGGCUGGAUGUGCUCAACGCCCUGUUCGACCUCCACGGCGUCCUGCAGACCUACCACGGCGACAUCUCCAACAAGAACGUCAUGCGCAGCCGACGCGGAGGCUCGGCUCGCUACGUACUGAUCGACUUUGGGAGCAGCAGCCAAUUCCGAACACGGAUCACCACCCCCGUGUCCCAGGUGUACGCAGCGCCGGAGAAGCUGGACGGGGACUGGGCGCGGUGCGAUGGGCGGUGCGACGUGUUCGCCCUCGCGGUGCUCCUCUCCGAGCUGCUCGUGGGGCGGCCCCACCGCGACCACGCCGACAUCGAGUGGCUCCCGACCCACCACCAGCAGCCGCAGCAGAAGCCGCAGCUCCGUACGUGGGCCGAUCUGCUGGUGAGCGACCUGGUCGACUGGCGCGCGUUCUUCGACGGCGCGCUGGUGGCCGAUGCCGCGCGGCGAUGGGACGCGGCGCAGGCGGCGGCGGCCCUGCGCCGGCGGCCGUCAGUGCGCCAGAAGCGCGAACGGGCGCGGGACAAGCGGCUGCAGGCCGAGCAGCUGCGGGUCAAGGCACUCAGUUCUUGGCGUAGUAUCGGGUGA